UAAGCCUCUCACAUUUUGUCCUCUGAGUCCACUAACCAUCCAACAUUUGUCUAUAACUCUCUUAUUCUGCUGCUUAUAGAAAUUUAUCAGUUAAUUUGAAGUCUUAAUGGAUCAUCAAUCUCAAGAUAUACAUGCUCACAAGACCGGCGAACCCCAUUUAGUAGGGGAAGGUGAAGAUGAGCACCCCCAUGAGAAGAAAACAGUAAUGCAAAGGGUCAAGGCAAGGGCAAGGAGGAUAAGGAGUUCGAUCAGGAAACAUGUCCACGAUGACCAUGACCAAGCCCAUGAUGGUGAUCAAGCUCGUGAUGUUCCUCAUGAUGAUGAUGAUGAUGAUGACGACGAUGAGGAAUAUGAUGAGGAAGUGGAGGAAGACCAAGAAACCCACGGUGCACCAAUACACGAAUCAGUCCCACUUAAGAGUAGUACUGUUAGUACUGCUACUCCAGUGAAUUCACCUAUGACUUCUUUAUCUGAUCAUCAUGUUGCUUCUAGGACCAUUGAGACUGGUGAUGGUAAAACCUCUGUUCCUGGAACAGAAGUUAACACACCUCUCUUUGCUUCAUCUCUUGACCAUGGGCCUUCUAGGCUCAGUGAGACUACUGGUCAUGGUAAGAGCUCUUCUUUAUCUCAUGACCAUGGAACUGGUCAUAGUAAAACCUCUGUUCCUGGAACAGAGUCCACUAAGGUCCAUUUCGAAACACCACUGACUUCUUUCUCUGAUGAUCAUCAUCAUGGUACUUCUAAGACCAAUGAGAUUGAUCACAGUAAAGCUUUUGUUCCUAGAACAGAAGCCAGUAGUGUCCAUUUGGAGGGUCCAGAUGUAGAUACACCUCUUUCUUCUUUCUCUCACGAACAUAUACACAAAUCUUCCUAUGAUCCUGAGACAGAUCAGUCCAGGGUCAAUUUGGAAAAACCAGUAGCGAGUGAUCAUUUCUCUUCUUCGUCUCCUGGACUUUCUGAUAUCAAGGAAUCUGAUUCUGAUGCCACCAGAACCAUUGUUCCUGGGACAGAGUCCAAAAUCAAUUUGGAAAAACCAGUUGGGAAUGCUCUCUUGUCUUCUUUGUAUCCUGGGCUUUCUGAUGAUGUCAAGGAAUCUAAUCCAACCAAAACCAUUGUUCCUGAGUCUGAGUCAGAGUCCAAAGUCAAUUUGGAAAGAACCAAGGAAUUAGAGAGGGAUCCUCAAGCCCCUGAGGACCUUUCCCAUAAGCACACCCCUUCCAAUUAUCAGACUAAGGUCACUGAUCCAACUGGCAAAGGGGCUAAGGAAAUAGAAGGCACUCCAAUACUCAGUUCCUUCGAUAAGAUGAAUAUACAUGAUGAAUCAGAAUCGAAACCAAAGCAACAUUUACCAACCGGAAGCCAUGACCAAUUUUCUUCAGAACAUUCAUCACUAAAUCCAAUCAGCACACCCCAACACCCUGAAACCUCUCAGAAAUCAUCAGCACCAAUCUCUGAGAAAAUCCCAGCCGUCGCAUCUGCUCUAGCUGACAGUGCAGUAUCAGCAAAGAAAGUAGUUGCUUCCAAAGUCGGCCACGGCGAGAAAAACGACAUGGAAACUCAUGAAACGACAGGAAAUUACACACCACAACACCCCAAAACAGUGGAAGAAAGCUUGGGUACUCAGAAACCCGAAAGCAACCCAGAACAUAUUACCUCUCCAAAACCAGCAUCACCAACCAGUUACGCUCAGAAAUUUUCUUAUGCUACCUCUGCAAUAUAUGGUACAGCAGUAUCAGCAAAGAAUGCCGUAGCAUCCACAUUCGGCUACGGCGAGAAAAGCAACACUGGACUCCACGAAACGACAGGAGAUUACGACACUACAAGUAAUGAACCAGCUUCAGAAACUGAGACUGAACACAGGAAGAAGAUGGCUUCCACUGAGACAGACCAACAUUCUCCCUUGUACGAGAAGGAAACCGGAGAAGGGAGCGAAGCCAUGUCGAAAAUGCAUGGUCCAGAGAACUCGGCAAGGGAAUUGGAGAAGAGUAGUUCUGAGACUAAAGAGCAAGACAAAGGAGUCUCGAUUAAGGGCUACUUGGCCGAGAAGUUAGUGCCAGGAGAUGAAGAUAGAGCUCUUUCUGAGGUGAUAACUGAUACAUUUAACAAGCGAAAGGAGGAACCGGAGUCAGUUCCAGUGGGGAAAGUGACAGUGUCGGAUCAUGUGGCAAAAACAUUGGGUACUGCGGAUGAGGAAAAUGAAUCCAACUAUGCCAUUAAGACUAGGGGUACAGUUGCUUCUUGGUUUGGAUUGAGUGGAGAUGGUCAGUCUCCGGCUUCUCAUGAUUCACCUACCAACACCAAAGGUGAAAAAGAUGACAAAACACAGGAGAGGGAGUGAGGGAACCAAAGAUGGUCUCUGCUGGGACAGAGAGUUGAUAUGUUGAUUUUUUUUUUUUUUUUGGUUAAAAUGUGGUUAGUGUGUUCACUGGAGUCUUGAGAACUUUGUAUUUGUUAAGUUUCUUUGGGUUUGUGUGUUCAUGUAAAUUCCUAUGGAUAUUUGAUUUUAUGUACAAGCUCUCAUGUUGUGUUUGGUGUAAAACCUUUGUUAAAGGUUCUGGUUGUGUGAUCAGUUAUUUGGUGUGACUUUUGAUUGAAUAACAAGCUUUCUUUAUCAGUUACGCUGAAAA